AUGUCAGAGAAAUCGCAUGAACCUAUUCAUAGCGGACAUUUUAUGACUUCGAACCCUCAUACGGAACCACUACCUGAUGACGAGGAUGAAGACGUUGAGGUGGACGUUGUGGAAGACGAUGAUGAGAAGCCUAAUGAAAAUGGAACAGGGACAUCAAAAGGGGAACGAGCUGCAUUGUACGAAAGACCCGUCACAUUCUAUAAAUUUGGACCAAAAAAGACGCAGUCGAUAGCUAUAGAUGUUUCACUCAACAAGCUCAACAAGUGCAUCAAAGUGGCAUACAAUAAGAUGACGACACCGAAGUGGAAAGAUUUCAAAGGACUGCGGUUGCACUGGAAGCAGCGUAUCCGGUUAAAUAAUGUCAUAUGGAGAGCGUAUUACAUUGAAUUUCGGAUGCCUGCUAAAAAAGUGAAAAAGAAAACCCCUUUUUGUUACUUCGCUGUGCCUGAUGACGAUACAACACAUGUGAAACUUGAGGGCAGUGUUUUGGAGGGAAUGUACUGGAAACGGAGGAUGGAAGCUGUUUGUGCACAAUACAAGAAGUGGAGGCACUACAUGAAGUCUAGGCGUGCUCAGGAAAGGCCGAUUAAGCGGAAACGAACCUACUCUGAGGGGCGAGGUGAGCGUUUUGAUCGCGACCUCUGUGAACCACCUUCGAAACGCGAGCAACGCAGCCAGACACCAAAAAAUACGUCCACGGAGACAGAUUAUGAUGACUUUGAGAAUGUUUUUACGGACAGUCUGUUCGAGUCUCUCAACCAACCGUACAUGUUUCCUAAUCCGAAGGAGUUUAUACAAAGUGGUAACGCCGACAUAAUGCAACCAGGAUUACUAUCGUUACAACCGAGCCUUGAAGAGAUCAUGGCAAGCCUUGAUCGGUAUGAGGACGAGCCUAACCCGUCUUCACGUGAUGGUGUUAUGUCGAACGUCAUGGCACAGACUGCCAGUCAGUCCAUAAUCGAUUCUCAGCAGGACAACGUACCUGCUAUACACCCACUGACAAUGCCUCCACAAGGCCACAUGUGUAUGUCAUCUCAACAUCGUCAAAAUCUUGCUGGAAACCGUGGCACUUCGUCCAUUCCAAGACAAGCGCAAGAUUAUGCUGUGGCUAGCAUGUUGGUAGACUAUAGUAAUCAGGCUGCAUCAACCAUGCAGAUGCCCACACGACAAUCGUCCUCAAUCACAUCACAAAUGCUCAUGAUGUCUUCGUCACAUGCCGCACAACCACAGUAUUCGACAGCUUCGGUAUACAACUCUAUUCCCUCUGUUCCUCAUACCCAGCGGUCUAGCGGAGUACAGUGGAAAGGAGCAAACUUUCUGUUAGGGAGUCAGGAUGUUUCGAACACGUUGGAGUAUGUUCCGCAGUUUCUGCAAUCGCCUCCGAAUAUAUUGCCUAGCGCAUCGUUAUCCAUGGGAUGUCCGCCAUCCACUCCUUCUCGUCCAUGGUGGCUGGAUAGUCCCUUAACAGCUGCAGCUCAAAGUCCAUUGGCAGCAGUUGCCUCUACCCUCAGUGGUGGAAGUGUCACCCCACUUGGACCUCCCACCCCACUUGGAGUUGGUGCAGGACCAUCAACUCCUCCUUCGUUGCUGCGCUCUGAAAUUCGUAGUCCUGUGGUAGUGAGGACGAUGUCCCUACAACAUUCCCCAGAUAUGUCAAGCAUUCUGAGUUCGCCAUCCACGUUAUCUUCUGUAGAUCCUCAGCAUCACCUCUCCCGCAGUUCUCAUUUGGGAGUGAGACAAUCAUCGACAGCAGAGCACCGCUUGGAGUCGCAUAUGUUUCCCGGGUCGAAGGAAGACAAACUCUUCGCUUCCCUGUCACCGAAACAGGACUGGACUCCUUCGCUGGGUUCGAAUCUGAGAACAUCGGGAGACACUAUUGGUUCCACUUUGAUGCAAAAUAGAUCUGCACCGCCAACUGCUGAAGUCCGAUCGAAUGAAAGUUCGAAUCCGUGGAAGCUUAGUGAUUUGAGUGAUCCCGACAUAUAUCCACAACCUGCAUCGUACGGGGUUGACACUCGUAUGAAUGACGACUCUCGACAGUCUUCUUCAAUGGAACUUAUCAGCAUAGGAGCAGGAAGUGCGGAUAAAUCAGAACAGAAAGAAGAGGCAGUUUUGAUGAGUGCACCAUCAAGCGUUAAACCAGGACGUGGGGGCAGCCGACAGGUUCAAGCAGACUCAACACUGCAUCCUGAAGAAAGAAAGCGGAUUCUUCAUCUUCAUGCUGAACAAAAUCGUCGUAGUGCUCUGAAGGAUGGAUUCGACAUGCUGAUGGAUAUGAUCCCUGACCUGCACUCCGGUGGAGUGAAGCCUACGAACGCAGUUGUACUGGCUAAAGGGGCCGAGCACAUUCGUCAUCUAACCGCACUGAGAGAUGAUCAAAUAGUUCAGAGAACUGCACUUAACGAGAAGAUUGCAAAGUUGAACCUGAGAAUAAGUGCUCUGCAGUCAAAUUUACCGUCAUCCACUGGUACUGCCAGUUCGAAGCUGGAACCUCGGGCUGCUCUUGAGGCAUUUUAUGAUCGGUAUACAAAAGAAUCGAGUAGGAAAGAUUACCGCUUCUGGGUUAUGGCUCGAUUGUUGCGCCCCAUAGCGGUUGGCGAGAACUCUUCGUUUGCUGCCAUGAUUGCUCCUGAUAACUCCUCAAGAGAAGAGGUGGCAGCAUCGUGUUCUGAGUGGUUGAAUAAUCAUUGGCGUGCGGCAGAAUUGAGACCACUUGCAAGCACUUUGCUAGGUUGCUAUACCGAUAGGGACUUUGUUAUCAGUAUUGCGAACAGGUGA